GUGGGCACCGGGCACUGGACCUUCUUCUUGGCGGAGGGGGCAGCACAUUGUUGUGUUUGGGGUGGGGGAAGGAUAUUACAUCUGGUCACCCCCCUCCUCCUCCUCCCGAUCCUCCUCCCUCUCUGCUUGCUUGCUGCAGGCUGCUGUGUGUGUGAUCUCGCUAUGUCGGAUGACGAUUCCAGGGCCAGCACCAGCUCCUCUUCCUCCACCGCCUCCAGCCAGCAGAUAGACCGGGAGCCGGGCAGCCAGCACCACAGCAGCAACCCCAAGAAGAAAGAGAGCAAAGUCAGCAUGAGCAAGAACUCCAAACUCCUGUCCACCAGCGCCAAGAGGAUUCAGAAGGAGCUGGCGGAUAUCACCCUGGACCCUCCCCCCAACUGCAGUGCUGGUCCAAAAGGAGACAAUAUCUACGAAUGGAGAUCGACUAUCCUGGGUCCUCCCGGCUCGGUCUAUGAAGGAGGCGUGUUUUUCCUGGACAUCACAUUCACUCCUGAAUACCCUUUUAAACCUCCAAAGGUGACCUUUCGGACGAGAAUCUACCACUGCAACAUCAACAGCCAAGGUGUCAUCUGCCUGGAUAUCUUGAAAGACAACUGGAGCCCAGCACUAACCAUUUCUAAAGUUCUCCUCUCCAUCUGCUCGCUGCUCACAGACUGCAACCCUGCUGAUCCUCUUGUCGGAAGUAUCGCCACCCAGUACAUGACCAACAGAGCGGAGCAUGACCGAAUGGCCAGACAGUGGACCAAGAGAUACGCUACAUAGAUACUUGGACACAGCGCUUAUCUGUCAUGGCGAGAGCUGCUUGUUAACUGGGCAAUGGCGGGUGGGAGUCUGCAAAGAAUAGGUUAUUUCUAUAACAGAUUUUAUUCAGUCUUUUAUUUCCAGAGAAUUUUGUUAUUGUAACUUAAGGUAUCUUUCUGCAGUAAUUGACUGGAACGAGUCAAAACGCAAUCGCAAACCAGACAUAACGGAAAGUUGUCCCCCCCCAUUUUUGUUCUAUGACAUGUAAGCGAUCGAAGCGAUUUAAUUUUGUACAGUUACACUGCUUAUACGGUAAAUGUCUGUGAUAAGUUUUGUUGAGGGAUUGAAUGAGUAAUUUGUGUAUGAGAUGAGCUGCAGCGUGUGUGUAACAUAACCGUCUCCACCAUGGCCUGGACCUGAGGAACUGGUGAUAUCUGUAUUAAGGAAACCUUUUACACUUUAUAUCAGUUUUCUUCCUUUUUGUAUAUCUGUAAACUCGGCUGAGAGAGACUUAAACAGAAUCUGUAGUGAAAUACCUUAAGCUGUUUAAAUGUAAAAGUGAAUAAGAAUUACUCCGUGGAUUGGUUAUAUGUUGUAGGCCAAGAAGCCUGCAUUUGUUACUGUGCUAAUAAAAGUGGAAAAAUAACCUGAA